CGGCCUCUUUUGGGGUUUGUACCGUUUCUUUCACACAACAGUCUGGUGUCUGUUUAAAUACUACCACAUUACAAAAAGAAGAUAAAUGAACUAUUUUGCUACAUAGUUACAGCAUGUAAGUCGACAUUGCUAUUUAAACUAAAACUCAUUCAUUCAUUAGUAAUUUGGCUGUCGACAGGCCAAUACAGUCAGCUAAUAGUCAUUAAUAUGUUUUGAUAAGUAAUGUUACGGCUUUAAUAAACAUUAGAAUGGUAGGUCAUCGCUGUGAACGUUAAGAAACCUCCCUAAAAGUGUUGCAAGAAUAGCCAUAAGAGUAAGAAGUCCAGCCCCCAGUAGAGGUAUCCAGCAUCGGUCAUCAUGUCGGAGUCGGGUCACAGUCAGCCCGGGAUCUACGGACAGGGAAGGAGGCGGCGGCGACGGAGAGACCGAGACCCAGGACCAGCGGCUCAAAACCUCUCCGGACCCAGUCGAGAUCGAGAGUAUGUUCCCCGUGAGCGCAGGGAUGGCAGUGAGGAACCCACAGGACCUCUUCUACAGAAGACUCCCAUUAUACUUGCUAAGCCUCCUGGAGAGCGAUCCAAAACAAGUGUGCCAGCAAGUGGAGCCCCAUUGGAAAAGCCGAUCAUGCUGAUUAAAACCAGAGAUGAAGGGGGGAAGCCUGGGAACCCUCCUGAUGUGGCUCCUUCAGUCUCAGGUGCAGGAACUGCCAAACUGGAGAGGGAAGGCCAGCGGCCGACCCAACCUGUGUAUCAAAUCCAGAACAGAGGCAUGGGCUCAGCUGCAUCCGGUGGAGCUGUGGAUCCUGUGAUUGGCCAGACUAAGCUCCUCCCCCCUGAGAAGAUGAAGCACAGCAUUAAGCUAGUGGAUGACCAAAUGAAUUGGUGUGACAGCGCUAUGGAGUACCUGCGAGACCAGACGGAUAUGUUAGUAGUUGGGGUUAUUGGGCUACAAGGCACAGGCAAGUCCACAAUCAUGUCUCUUCUCUCUGCAAACAGCCCUGAGGAGGACCAGAGGGCAUAUGUGUUCAGAGCUCAGACGCAGGAAAUCAAGGAGAGAGCUGGGAACCAGAGCAGUGGAAUCGAUUUCUACAUCACUCAGGAGAGGGUCAUCUUUCUGGACACGCAGCCAAUUCUAAGCCCCUCUAUUUUGGAUCAUCUCAUUAACAAUGACCGCAAGCUUCCUCCAGAAUACAAUCUUCCACAUACAUAUGUGGAGAUGCAGUCUCUGCAGAUCACUGCCUUCCUCUUUACCAUAUGCCAUGUUGUGAUUGUGAUUCAGGACUGGUUCACUGAUAUCAACUUAUAUAGGUUUCUGCAGACUGCUGAGAUGCUGAAACCCUCGACUCCAUCUGCCAGUCAUGACAGCACCAGCUCCUCAGGGGCAGAUGAUGGCUCGGAGUAUUAUCCUCACAUAGUUUUCUUGCAGAACAAAGCAAGGAGGGAGGAAUUCUGCCCACGGAAUCUGAAGAAGAUGCAUCUGGCAGUUGACAAGCUUAUGGCACAUUCCCACCUAAAAUAUAAAGGCACCUUAUCCAUGCUGGAUUGUAACAUAUUCCCAGGACUGAAUCGAGAUUACUUGGAGACAGAAGUCAAUCUUUUCCUCUUACCUAUGAUGGAGAAUGAUGGGGAAGAUGCUUUGACAAGAGCAGGUUCAGGUCCACCUCUCUUCUCUCUGCUGCCUGGUUACAGAGGUCAUCCCAGCUUUUCUUCACUGGUUUCUAAAUUCCGCAGUCAGAUCUUGGCUAUGUCCCGCAGUCAGCUCUCACACACAAUCCUCACUGAGAAAAACUGGUUUCAUUAUGCGGCUAGAAUUUGGGAUGGUGUUAAGAAAUCAUCUGCGCUGUCUGAAUAUAGCCGACUACUGUCAUAGUCAUGAUGGUCUCACAAUACCUGUGAGUUCUUUGUUACAGAGGACUGGCCCCUGCUCAGAUGAUUUCAGAUCCCAAAGAGAAGAUUGAGGUUUAAGUUCCCAUCUUCUUCUGUGAGCUCUGGAUCACAGCAGCGGAGUGCUUUGUGGUUUGAGAGUUGUGCAUGAGUUGGUUGUUCUAUGAAAAUUAGCAGGUGCCUUCCAGGGUCCAUCCAGUCAUGUGUUAAACUCAUUGUUAUUACAGAAGAUAAUAUGCUAAGAUUCAGUGAUUUAAACAUUGUCUUUAUACAGUAAAAUGUGCAGAAGCAUUUGAUUUCCAUAUUAUAUUUUGCUUAUGUAAAUAAAACAGCACAUAUUGCUUUUCAGAUGUGUUUGAACAAAAACUUGUAACUUAGAUGCAAUUACAGCAUGAUUUUUAUAUGUUUUUGUUGAAAUUAAAAAUA